AUGCGUUUCCGGCCCGUAGACCUCGUCUCGAACUUCUCAGAAGCCCACCUCCACAUCUUCACCACGAUACUCACACUCGUCCUCCCCAUCCUCACAGCCUUCUACAUCUACAACGACUACCUAGCCUUCCUCUCGCUCGGGAAAGGCGGCACGCCCUCCACCCCCCUCGGCUACCUAAAAAUAAAGACCCUCUCGCUCGUCUCGCUCCGCGACCCCUACCGCCCCCUCCCUAUCCCCCCACACUUCCGCCCGCAAAAAGGCUACCUACGCUCUCUCCCGCGCCGUGUCACGCGGCGCCCCCUCGUCCAAGGCAUCGCCCCGCAGCGCCAGCAGACGCAGAAAAGCUCCGAGAAACUCUACGCCCAGCUCGUCGCCCGCCUGCAGAGUCUGGCACGUGACCCCCGCAACAUGCUCAUGGAGCGCACGUCUUGCUUUGAGAAGCACAGCUCGGGACUGUUCGCUACGCUGCCUAUUACGCGCACCUGCGGCGGGGAGGUGUGCCACGCGCAUCCGUCCGACGGCUCGCUGCAUCUGACGCUGCAUCCUGCGGAUGCGAAAUUGGUGCUGGAGCAUGGGCUUGGGGAGCGACAUCCGCUGGCUAAGGGGGGCUGGUACCGCCGGUUUGUGCCGCGCGAGUUUGUGCUGAUUUAUGCGCCGAGGAGCGAGGAGGAGGUCGAUGUUGUGAUGCGGAUUGUGGCUGCGGCUGUGUGGUGGGUUAGUGGUGUUGAUGUGAAUGCUGGGGAUGGGGAGGGCGAGGGCAGGAGGCGGAGUGCGGAUGUGGCUGCGAUUGGAAAGGCGAUGGAGGGGAGUGGGUGUGGGGUUUGCAAGGUGCAUGCGUGUGGGGGGACGCCGGCGGAGAAGAUGACGGGGGAUGCUUGA